AUGAGGGUUGGAAGCGUUCCGCCGGCUUCAAGCGGCGGCUCCUCUGCCCACCACCAGGGGGUGCCCCCGCGGCUCGGGGAGACCUCGAGGGACUCCGGGUUAGCUCCUCCCGCUGCAGCCCCGGCUGGUGGUCUGCAGCCGCGCCCCAGCUGGGGCAGGGGCCUGACAGCGCCAGAGAAGAGGGAGAGGGGAGGUCAGAGGGUACGGUGUGCCCAUAGCCGGGUCCUCGGGAAGACGGCAGCGCUGCCCCUCGUUCUCUGCGGGUCUGCCCGACGGCCCGAGGGCAGCGGGGUCGAGCUGCUGGGGAUGGCGGGGGUCCCCGUGGGCCAGCUCCGCUCUUCCCCCAUAGAUGGCCGCAGCCGUUUGGCCCCCCCCCGCUCUGUUACCCCUCGGCCCGCGGGGGUCCCAGAGGCUCCUGGGCGCGCAGCGGGCGGGGUUGGGGGGCGGGUGGGGGCCGCGGGCUCCGGGCCGAGAGGCGGUUCAGCUCUGCGCCGGGGAAAGUUUGGACGUGGGAAACUCCCUCCCUACCCGCCCCGCCGAGAGGAGGGGGCGCGCGGGGGCCAGGCGCCGGCACCCCGGCUACCCCUGCGGCGGGAGGCUCGCCCCCCCCAAGCCGCCGCCUGCCGGCUGCUCCAGCGGGCCAGGGGGCUCCCUCCUGGAUGGGCAGCCUCUCCUCGGCGGCUAUCCGGCCGCCCCUCCCGCGGCACCCCGCGCUCUUACCUCGGGGAGCGGCCCGGGGCUCCCCCCAGUCCUGCCGCCUCAGGGCGCUGCGUGGGGCGGGAGCCUGGGCGCCGGCAGGCGGGCGAGUCCGGAGCCCGGCGGCCGCCCGGAGGAGCCAGAGGGAGAGCGGGCGCGAGAGGGGAAGCCGCGGCGGCGUCCUCUGGUGGAGACUCCGAGAAUGCAGCGCCCGCCGGGCAGAAGCGCCGCGGCGAGUCGAGCCGCAGGCGGCCACCAGCCCCCGCCCCCAAGCCCAGUACCCCGCAGCUGGGGACCCCCGGGUCCCGCUACCCGGGUCGCGCCCCUCCCCCACCGGGAGGGGCCGGCCUCUCCAUCCCACCCGCGGCCCAGUCCUAG